AUGCGGCCCAACACUGCUGGCCCGGGCGACAUGGACGCCGACAGGACAUCUGUCGAGGAACUCCACACAAGUACGGGAGUCGCCGAUCGGAAAAGUCUUCUAGACGACUUCACAAAAGCAACCGCAGACUACCAUCUCUGUCCGAAUCGUGUACGGGCCGUCGCCAAAGACGACCUCCCUAGACUCCUCCCCAACCGCAAACUUAACUUCAGGAUGCCCUCCACCACUACUGAUGCAGGAGUUGACGACGCCAAUGAUCACAGCUCCCGCACUUUUGAAUUCUGCGAGCAGUCUCAGCGGGACUUUACCGCGGUGCAACAGCGUCACGAGUGUCCGGACAAGGAAGGCUGCAAGCUGCUCGCUGGCCGCUUCAGCAGGGACCUUCUCGACCAUGCCGCCAUGGGCCGGCUUUCUACCGUCUGGGCUCUCGAUGGGGUCACCAUGCUCCAAGCUGCGCGACCGUACAUGGCCAUAAGCCACCACAUGCAGCUUCAGGAUCCGCGGGCGCUGUUGUCGCUAGCCGUAGAGUGCGGCCACGCGGCUGCUGUCGAGUUGCUACUCGACGGUGGUGGUGCCAGCGCAGUGCAUGACCAGAGGCAGCUGCAUCUGGCCGCCAGGCUUAGCAAGGACAAGAUUACCAGGGUUCUGCUUUCCAAGGGCGCUUACUGUGACGGCCUGGUUGACGGAUGCUCACCGCUAAGCGUGGCUGCCGAGGCCGGACAGGUUACAUUGGUCAAGCUUCUUCUGGAUCACGGCGCGGGCAUCGACUUGCCGGCCGAGGACUAUUUUCAGAAAAACGCCACUGGCAUGCGCUGCUGCCAAUGGGAAGCUCGCAGCCGCGGAAAUCUUGCUCCAGAGAAAGGCUGCCAUUGA